AAAGUGACGGUGAGUGGCUACGUGGAUCCCAAGAAAGUGCUGAAGACAGUGCAGAGCACCGGGAAGAAGAAAGCUGAGUUGUGGCCGUAUGUUCCGUACACAAUGGUUGCUUAUCCGUACGCCGCCGGAGCUUACGACAAGAGAGCCCCACCGGGUUUCGUGAGGAAGUCAGAGCAAGCUCAGGCGCAGCCGGGAGGUACAGACGAUAAGCUCAUGUCCCUUUUCAGCGACGAGAACCCUAACGCCU